AGAAAAAGAAAAAAGACGAAGAACGAAAGUAAAAAUGUUUCCGAAGUCUGUAUUGCGCCAUAGAAUCGCAAGAAAUCGAAUAAAUAAAAAUCUCGCCUUAGGACACUUGCGCGAAGAUUCGACCGGUGAAAUUGGUAUCCCCGAAGCAUAAGGUACAAUCGAGUACGGAGAAGAAGUCUAGGUCUAGGACGCAAACGGGUACAUGCCGAACUUGUUGGCCGUGUGUGUCGAUCGAGAGUGGGACCUUUCGAAACUCGAGGAUCGUCCCAAUUUGGUUGUUGGCGAGGGCAGAGGGCUGAGGGAUCCGUGAAAGAAGAGGAGAAGAAGAUCGUGUGUGUGUGUGUGUGUGCACCGUGUCCGGCAUGUGAGGGAGAGAGAAGCGAGCAUUACUGAAAGGACAGAGUAGAGGCCAGGUGAGAAACGAAGGAGGAGGGGGAGGAGAGAAUCGUCUCACAAGCUGAAUUACUCUCACUCGAGAGGCCCCCGUCUCUUCUUCUUCGUGGGGGCCCGAGAGUAUCCCCCUGCUUCUCGUGGGGUAUAAAGGACCCUGGUCUACCUUGCACAGAGUCACAGAACAGAGCGGCAUCGCAGAAGCCGACAUGAAUCCUCUGAUCGCGUGUAUGAUAGUCGGUCUAGCAGGGUUCGCCCUAGCUGAACCACCAAUCUCCUCCGGCUACAGUUACAGCAGGCCAAGCGGUGGCGGUGGCGGUGGUGGCUACUCCCUUGGCGGCUUGUCGCUAGGCGGUGGCGGUGGAUACACUCAGGUAUCUACCGGUUACCAGACCAACGAAGGAGCGUCCGUCGAUAGUGCCUUGUUGGAGCAGAUCCGUCAGAUCCUACUGAAGGAGGAACUGUCGGCGCAACAGACUGGUGGAUUCGGCGGUGGUGGCUACGCACCAAGCUCGAGCUACGGUGCCCCAUCCUCGCAGUACGGUGUACCGAGCUCCGCGUACGGUGUACCGAGCUACCAGACCCGUGUGGUAGGGAUCGAUCUCGAAGGAAUCAGGCAAGCCAUCCAGGUGGCACAGUUCAACCAAGUGAGCCACGGUCCCGGUGGUUAUCCAAGUGGACCAAGCGGAAGUUACGGGGUACCUAGCAGACCAAGCGGUAGCUACGGUGCACCGUACUAAAAAGCCACACGGCCCUCAGACUAUGGUUGGAUGAUGGGAGAGAGAGAGUGAGAGAGAGGGAGAGAAAGAGAGAGAGCGAGUGGAGACACCGGUCGACCACCGCGACUAUCUUUCGAGCUGUCCCCGACACUUCUAACGACACAGAGGCGCACGGUUUUUAAGGUCGAAA